UUUUGUCCUAUUAUUAUCAUACUUUUUGAAUCACCAUGACACGAAGCAAGAAAAAGAACUUGCAUUCCAUUUCAUUCCAUUCCCAGAAGAAUCACCUCUCUCUAUCUCUCCGAGCGCAUGAUUAUUGAACCCACCUUCCCAAUCCUACGUGUCACUCUCUCAUUCGUCCAUUCCCCCUCGUCGGGAUUCAUACCAACAAACCAAUAAACCUCACCAGUCACUCUCACUCCUCUCUCUCUCUUACUCUCUCUCUCCUCUUUCUCUCUCUUCUCUUUCUCUCUCUCAUUUUGUGUUUCUUCUCUCACAAUUCCCCCAUUUUCUUCCGCAUUCCACCUCCUUUUUUCCUCAAAUUCUCAAUACGUAACCAACAAUGCACGAUCUUCUAUAAAACUCAAUUUUAGUUUUUUUUUUUUUUUUGAAUUUGAAAUGCUUCAAGCAAUGGAAAGUUCAGUGAAUAAUGGUGGAUUCUCUCAUUUGCAAAGCUGUGGUGGUGAUAGUAGUGAAGAAGAGCUAUCGGUGCUACCUCGCCAUACCAAAGUGGUGGUCACCGGAAACAACCGUACCAAAUCGGUGCUCGUUGGUCUUCAAGGUGUUGUUAAGAAAGCCGUUGGAUUAGGUGGAUGGCAUUGGCUGGUUCUUACAAAUGGUAUUGAAGUGAAGCUACAAAGGAAUGCUCUAAGUGUGAUUGAAGCACCAACAGGUAAUGAAGAAGAUGAUGACCUUGAGUUUGACAAUGUACCAUGGAAUGGAUCAGAUAUGGCAUCGGACGACACACACAAGUCUCACAAAUCGAGGCACAGAAUGCAUAGAUCAUUGGGAUCAUGUCACAAGACAAUGAGUAGGUCCUUCUCUGGUGAUUCACAGUCUAAGGGGUCCGUUACUAUGCCUCAUGGGUCCAUGAAAGUUGACUUGAGCAAGCUUGAAAUGGCUGCACUGUGGAGAUAUUGGCGACAUUUUAAUCUUGUGGAUGUCGUCCCAAAUCCAUCGAAAGAGCAGCUACUAGAUGUUGUUCAGAGGCAUUUCAUGUCCCAGCAAAUAUUGGACGAGUUGCAGGUGAUUAAGGGAUUUGUCAAUGCCGCGAAGAGGCUCAAGACAGUGUGCAAAUGAGAUUCGGGUGAUGCGAGAAAUGACCAGCUAUGUUAAAUUAAAUGCUAACAGAGAUCAAAUGUAUCUAGUGUCUAGUGUUCACUUCCCUUCAUAUUAUGUAACAUACUUAUCACUUAUCGGGAAUUUGUAUCUUUCGAAUAUAGUAUAUUAGGUUAAUAGUUUAAGGUUAUAGAGGUACUAAUUACUCUUUGUGGCCACCCCAGUUAUUAUGUAGAUAUAUGUGACCUUAGGGAAGUCGAUCUUCAAGGCUUUCCUUACCAAGUUUGACUCAAUGUAUUGCUGACCUGGGAAGUGAGCUUUUAGAGACCUCAUUGUAUAUAUAAAUAUUUUAGUUUCUCUCAACUUUGAUUCUUCUUAUCAGAUA